AUGGAAGAAAGCCCUAUAACAAACACCCAAGAUAAUACCGACGAGGAAGAUGGAGCUCGAGACUGGGAUGGAACGCUGCACUGGGAUCUCCAACAGCACCCGCUCUAUAAAGAAGGGUAUCGAGUCCGUGACAUCCUUUUCGUCCAGCGUGCCUUUCUCGCUUCCAUCUCAACUGGAUUAAAGAAUCUCGUCAAUUGUUUUCUUGAUUGCGGAGCGGUAGCAGGAUUUAUCUUCCCUGAUAAUGAAAAACAUCCACUACCUGUUUCUCUCGCGAUCAGACACGGCUAUGAUGAGAUAUUCGAUUUACUUAUCAAGCACAAGGCGCGGACAUGUGGCGGAGAUGAGUGUCCCAUUGUUGAGGCCGUCAAAUAUCACCGUUUUCAUGAGCUUCGCGUCCUGGUCAGACUUGGAGUAUGCGGGCACUGGGACGACGCGCUUUCCCUUGCGUUAGAUACUCGGCCCCUGUUCGAUCUUAUGGUGGAAAACGGAGUCGAAAUCAAGAAGUAUGGUCAUGUGGCUCUAUACGGAGCUAUUACUGAAGGGAAGAAAGACUGGGUUGAGUUCCUCAUCUCUGAAGGUGCUGACCCCAACCUCUGCCUAUCGACGGAAAGCGUUAUUGGAGGCGGAGAGAAGAAGUAUAGCUCUAUCUACCAUGCCAUACUUAAUGGUCAUUUGGACGUAUGCAAAUUUCUGAUUGAGCAUGGCGUACUGCCUGAGGAGGAUGAUCUUCAACUGGCGCGGGAGAAGGAAUACGAUGAAAUUGUGGGUAUUCUCUCUGGGUUUUCCUAUGUAGAUGUGCCUGAAAAGGAGGACCUCAUUACAAGAAACGACGACGAGGACCCCUUCGGCGAAAACACCCUGGAGCAGUUACAAACGUGCAAGGACGAUCUUGCCGCCUGCAAAAUCAACGAGGAGAAACUGGCCGAGUGCCAAAGCAAUGCCGCCGCCAGCCCUCCAGUGCCCCCUUACAAGGAUUGCCCAGCCGGGAAAGACCAGAUCAUCGCCAUCGGAAACAGGCCCUUCAAGCAGAAAUCCGACAUGUCGAUGGCCAAGGCCGCGGCGGACUUCUACCGGACUAUUCGACCGGGACUUACGAAGAGUGCGCUGUGA